UGAAGGCUCAGAAAUCGUGAGUCUUUGCAGGGAUAAUUCAAUUUUUAAAUGCUUAAAAUAAAUCCGUUUUCCUCUCUUCUCUACUUGCAGGGAUCACAUGCGAGGUUGUUGCAUAGCGAGAGUUUGGUCUCUUAUUUAAAGAGCCAAUUCUUCCUGCUUGGAAAUGCCAAUAAAUGUAAAUACCACAUUAAUUCUCAGUACUGCUCCUUAUCCUGAUCUUCCUCCUCUUUCUUCUCCACCAUUUGUUGUCUUUUAAGCUACCGAGAAAUGUCAAAAAUCAUUUUUGCAUCAGCAAUCUUGCUUGGACUCUGCUAUCUUGCUACCAGCGUGAAUGCCUUCUCGGCCUCUGGGUGGACUAAAGCUCAUGCCACAUUCUAUGGAGGCAGCGAUGCCUCAGGAACUAUGGGGGGAGCUUGUGGAUAUGGAAACUUGUAUGGUACUGGCUAUGGAACAAGGACUGCUGCUUUAAGUACUGCCUUGUUCAAUGAUGGAGCUUCAUGUGGACAGUGCUACAAGAUCAUGUGUGAUUAUCAAACAGACCCCAGAUGGUGCAUAAAAGGAGCAUCUGUGACCAUUACUGCUACAAACUUUUGCCCUCCCAACGUUGCUCUUCCAAACAAUGCCGGGGGCUGGUGCAACCCUCCUCUCCAGCAUUUUGAUAUGGCUCAGCCUGCCUGGGAAAAGAUCGGCAUAUACAGAGGCGGAAUUGUGCCUGUUAUCUUCCAAAGGGUUCCAUGCAAGAAGCAUGGUGGAGUAAGGUUCACCAUCAACGGUAGAGACUACUUUGAGCUUGUAUUGAUCAGCAAUGUGGGAGGUGCAGGAUCAAUCCAAUCUGUAUCCAUCAAAGGCUCUAAAACUGGGUGGAUGGCAAUGUCAAGGAACUGGGGAGCUAACUGGCAAUCCAAUGCCUAUCUUAAUGGCCAAUCUUUGUCGUUCAAGGUCACCACCUCUGAUGGAGUGACUCGACUAUUCCCUGACGUUGUGACAGCAAAUUGGGUUUUCGGCCAGAGUUUCUCUAGCAAUCUUCAAUUCUAAAUUACUAAAAGCUUUGGAGUUCAGGAUUCUGGGUUUUUAGUUUCCGGCAGAGGCGUGCUUAUAUUUUACAGAAAAAGCUGCCCGCCAUACCCUUGGGAUAUACCAGAUGAGAUGGUUAAACUCACACGGCUACUUUUCUCUUCUCUGGGUGUUGGUUCACAUGGAAGUGAAUCCUUGAACUCAAAGCUGCUACAUUACUUUCUGUGCUUUCGAUACAAGAAAUUCGGACGAUGUUUGGAAUUAUUCUAAGAUCAUACCAAUAAGAAGCGCAACAAAAGAAAAAACUUGCAGCUUCAGCAUAUGUAAAUUUUGUUUUCACAAAUUUAUCUGUUUGUAAUAGGAGUUGUUGCUUGAUCGUUCUACCCAUUUUUCAUUCCAAUUGAAUAAAGCAACCGACAAACCUUUUGUCACUUA